GGGGAUCGCGAGCCGAGCGGCUGACUGGAGGUCUGCUGUGGGCUCCGUCGGGGUAACACACGUUAUAACAGGGUUCGGGAAAGCCCGCUCUGCUUUCCUUCAGCAGGUGGACACAGAGGCCGAUACCACAGGAGCUGUUUCGGUGCUCAGUGAACAAUGAGGAGCCCCCCAGGUCCUGGCCUCUGAACAGCUGAGGGUCAGAGUUGAAGCACUUGCUCCGGCAGUCAUGGCGGACAGAGAGGGGCUCCCCAUCGCCCCGGGUCAGGUCUAUGUCGAGGUGGAGUAUGACUAUGAGUACAAGGCUAAGGACAAGAUGGUGACCAUUCGUCAGGGAGAAUGUUACAUACUGGUGAAGAAGACCAAUGAGGACUGGUGGCAAGUGAGGAAGGAGGAAGGUGCAAAAGCCUUUUAUGUUCCAGCACAGUACGUCAGGGAGGUGCGGCGGGCGUUAAUGCCCCCCCAUAAACCCCCCUUGAAGGCCAAGCCCACUGUUUUGGACAUUUGCCGGGAAUCCAACGACAACCUCAACAGGCCUCAGCCGGAAAUGUCCAGCUUUGGCCGCCCGUCACCUUCCUCCACACCCUCACCAUCCUCUGACCACGUCACGCCGCCCGUCCUCCCUAAGGACACUAACCAGAACCUGGGGAGUCCUCACCACUGCAAGCUAGUGGCAGAACUAGUUCUCCUUCACAACAACAACAACCAUCACCACAGCAACAACUCUUCGUUGCCACGGACACGAGCCGAUUCGCCUCCGGUUAAAGUGGGAAAUAGCCACAAUAAAAGUCUGGAUAGCGACAAGAGCUCCGCUCCGGGUGAGGUACCAGGAGAGGGGCCCAUCAAACACCGCAACGACUCAGAGUCUGGGGACGAGCUGAGCAGCAGCUCAACAGAACACAUGCAGACAACAUCACCCACGGGUCCAGGCCGCUCAGACUCGCCGGUCUACACCAACCUCCAGGAGCUGAAGAUCUCCCAGUCCAGCCUGCCGCCCAUCCCCUCUGGCUCCCCUCUCCACAUCCUGGGUGACUGGGAGACCCACAAAGACCUGACCGGCAGGUAUUUCUACUACAACCGGGCCACUGGAGAGCGCACCUGGAAGCCGCCGCGCUCCAGAGACACCUGCAGCAGCACCAGCAGUGUCCGAGGAGACAGCCAGGGCACAGCAGAGAGCGAGCCACUGUCCUCAGAGGAAAACUGCCACAGCACCCAUUCUAGCCAAUCGGAGAGCCAGUAUGGAUCGCCCCCUAGAGGCUGGUCAGAGGAGCUGGAUGAACACGGACACACCCUUUACGUGUCUGAAUAUACACAGGAGAAGUGGAUCAAACAUGUGGACGAACAAGGCCGGCCGUACUACUACAGUGUUGAUGGAUCCAGGUCAGAGUGGGAGCUGCCAAAGUACAACAUCUCCCCUCAGUCUGGAGAAGUUCCUAAGAGUCGGAGUUUGGAGAGGAAGCAGCCGGAACCCAUCGUCCUCACCAAGUGGAGGCACAGCACCUACGUUUUAGACCUCAACGAUAAGGAGUGUGCUUCGGCGCCCAAGCAGAGCUCUCCAGACUCUGACUCCUGCCCAUCAUCUCCUAAGCACCUUUCAACCCCUUCAGAGAAGUGUGGAGUCCUCAAUGUCACCAAAAUCACAGAGAAUGGAAAGAAACUCAGGAAGAACUGGACAUCUUCCUGGACCGUGCUGCAGGGUUUCUCCCUUCUCUUUGCAAAGGGGCAGGGGGGCAGCACCUCCUGGUCAUACUACCGCAGCGGCUCCAUCCCAGAGCUGCUCCUCACUCUUCUUAGCAGCUGGAAGCGCUCGGUCAAGCUCCGCCCUGCUGUCUCCUAUGUGAACUGUCGGCCUGUGCAGGCUGCUGCUAAAUUUGGCAGCAAUCAGUCCAAGCCUGAGUUCACCGUUGAUCUGCGCGGAGCGUCGGUGGAGUGGGCUUCCAAGGAGAAGUCGAGCAAGAAACACGUCAUCGAGCUGAAGACCCGCCUGGGCACAGAGCUGCUGAUCCAGUCUGAGAUCGACAGCGUCAUCAAUGACUGGUACCGGGCCCUCACAGAGACCAUCAACACUCAUGCGUGGGAGUCUGAUGAAGCCAUCGAGGAGGACAUGCCUGAGUCUCCGGGAGCUGAGAAACAGGACAAAGAGAAGGACCAUCGGGACUCCAAGAAGAACAGGGUAAUGAAGAACUCUGUGAGCAUGGACUCAUCAGACCAGAAAAAAACCAGGAUGAAGCUCAAGAAGUUCCUGAUAAGGCGGCCCACCUAUCAGGCUGUCAGAGACAAAGGAUACAUCAAAGACCAGGUGUUUGGCUGCAGUCUAAGCAGUCUGUGUCAGCGGGAGAGCACAUCAGUGCCCAACUUUGUCAAGAUGUGCAUCGACCAUGUGGAGAACACAGGUCUCUGUGUUGACGGCCUGUACAGAGUGAGUGGGAACCUGGCGGUGAUCCAGAAGCUCCGCUUUGCUGUGAAUCACGAUGAGAAGGUGGACCUGAACGACAGUAAGUGGGAGGACAUCCACGUCACGACUGGAGCUCUCAAGAUGUUCUUCAGGGAGCUUCCUGAGCCUCUCUUCACAUACGGAUCCUUCGAUGACUUUGUGAACGCCAUCAAAUGCUCUGACUAUAAGCAACGAAUGAAUUCAGUCAAAGACUUGAUCAAGAAGUUGCCAAAACCCAAUCAUGACACAAUGCAGGUUCUGUUCAAACACCUGCGCAGGGUGAUAGAGCACGGAGAAGUUAACCGCAUGACCACCCAGAGUGUCGCCAUCGUGUUCGGACCAACGCUGCUGCGGCCUGAGACGGAGACUGGCAACAUUGCGGUCCACAUGGUCUACCAGAACCAGAUAGUGGAGCUGAUCCUGCUUGAGUAUGAAAGUGUGUUUGGGAGGUAGAAGAGGAAGAGCAUUCCCAACUUCCCAAAGACAGACUUUUGACCUUAUGAUUGACUAAGCUGAACAAUGCUGUGGACCAAGCAGUUGGGAAGAAUAAAAAAAAUUAACCGUUUACAAAAGUGUUGCACUUACAAAGAAUUUGGGGAUGAGUUUAGGAAAUAAAAAUAGAUGUCUAGAUGUUGCCCGUAUUUCUUUUUUUCAGUUGCCAUUCCUGCUGCGAGUAGCGGGUGGAUGAGGCUUUCAGAAUGUUGCCGUGGUGAUGUGUGGGCGUCUGUGUGAGUUGGUGUAUUUUGAGCGUUUUACACAUACACUGGAUCUUUGUGGCCAGAACAGAACCGGCCACUCCUUUUGAACUCCGGCUGGGAUCAGACCAGGAUUGAACUGGCAGCCUCUUCAUUUUAAUGAACCAGGUCCUUUCUGUGUCUGAGAUGGUGAGGAGAAAUGAUCAGUGUUAAGAAGACAGUGUUCUGGCACUUGGAUGGGCUACCCUUUUCCCUUUUUAGCAAUGUAAGGCAAGAACGUUGAAGAUGGAUGAAAUCACCCUGAGCUGGACCAACUGUGGCGGGCUACUGUAGAAUUUCAGCUGGGCUCAUCGCCCUCUUUCUGGACUAACAGGACAUUAACAGAGUGGAUUAACAUGAUCAGUGGAUUUCCUCCUCAUUAAGCUAAUAUUAAAGAGCAUUUAGAGAAGUGUUGCUGCAGAAACUGUAUGGAUGGUAAAAACUAGCCAUUGAACACAUUUCAGAGCAUUUGUACAGAGCGUUGUAAAAAAAUAAAAGUGUUCCUGUGACUGAGGUGUGUAUGCUUGAUGGUGAACCAAUGAAAGAUUGUGAAUUUAAAUAUAAAAAGCAUCAAAUGUGGGGAAAAAAAGCGCUAAUGGACUGUGAAUAUUGUUUGCAGGUGUGUGUGAGGUGUUUGCGCAUGGUCAGCUGCACAUUUUGAAUGUAACUUUCCGGCUAACUGCUGUUUGUGAAUUGUUAUGUCUAAUAAAAUGGACAAACGAGA